CGCGGGGGAGAGGAGCACCCCCACCGCAAACGGCUGCAUGAAUAAUACGUGUCCCCGCCCCAACGGAUCGCCGCUGCUCAGGCAUAGAGAGGCAGUCUUCCAGAGAGCAGAGUGGUCCCGCACCACAGCUCACAACUUCCGUCUCUAGCGCCGAGUGGAAGAGAAGCCUCCCAGGAGAGCCAUAGAGAGGCCACUGCUCGGCGAGAGCGGCACAGGAAGUAGCUUGAGCAUGCGUGUCUCUAGGCAACAGUAGUCAACACAGCGUCCGGCGCCCAGGGCGGUGGUAAGAGGGGGGACUUAGGGCGCCUGGCCUAGCCGUUCCUCCGUGAUGGGGCAGCCCGCGGCGCGGUGUGCGCCUCGGCUUCAGCAGUGCGGGCGCGGGAAUGAGGUGCUAAAUGGCUGAACUGCAGUUGGCUUUGUUUCCACCUGUGGAUUCUGUGGUGGCAGCUCCCAAGCUUCCAGUGACAGGAAGAUACGAUUCCAAAGUCCCAGUCCACCAAUCCCAGCUGGAACACUUGAAGAGCACUUUUCAUCACAAACUCCUACAUGACAAAGAAGAAAGUUUAAAGGAUCUCUACACCCCAAAAACCAGAAGCUAUUCCUAUUCUCUUUCUGCAGAAAGCAGUCGAGACAGCUCCAAACAGGGAGGCUGCUGUUUAGCUGGACUCCAGAGCAAAUACCUUACCAGCCAGGCCAAGACUCUGCCCUCUAAAUCAGUAGCCAGACGGAGGGAAGGAGUGGACCGUUCAUAUCCCCUGAAACCAAUCUUUCACCGCAAGGCUAGAAGUGUUCCAGCGGUCAACGCAGCACAGCUUAGAAGUCCCCCAUACAUGGAGGAGUCUCUAAGUAGUUGGUCUAGCUCAAAGAGCAAAGGGAAGCCUCCAGCAGGGAAGUCUCAACUAGCUGCAGUGCUGUCUCCUUGGACAGUAGAACCGAAACAGCCAGCCUCCCCUCUCUACAGAAGAGAGCUGGCCUACAUCCUAAGGCUGGAGGCAGAUGGACAGAAUCUGGAAGAGGAAAUCCGAAAAAAAGAGGCCCUCCUCAGAGAGAAGCUGAGGAGAACAAAGGAGGAGCUUAGGAGGAUUCAAAGAGAGAAAGAGCUAGUGGAGGCAGAGGAGAGAAGAGCCAGAGAAGCAGAGAAGACCCCUGAGCGAAAGGCCACAAGGCACUCUGAAGAGAACGUUUUCAGAAUUGCAGUCAGGCCUGGUGAUGGGGACUUUGAUAGGGUGCAGUCUCCAGAGGUCACUAGGCCCAAGCUGGGCACCACCCUCCAUCCCCAAGAGCUAGCUAUGGGGAAACUCAAGAAGGAACGUUUGGUGGCCAGCAAUAGCAAAAUACGAGACUGCAUACCCGUGGAGGAUUUAGCCUCUUGCUCAGAGCCAGUCUCAAAACAUAGCCAUUCUCCCUCUACCCUUUCAGAUCAAGAAUCUGGUGACCACCUAGCCACAGAGAUGUUGUACAUGCAGGCUGCCAGCGCUGUGGAGCAGGGGGAGCUAGGACAGUGCAGCUUCUGUGGACGUAAGUUUCUUUGCGCCAGGCUUGAGCAGCACACAAAUAUCUGCAGCAAGAGCCAAGGCUCUAAGAGGAAGGUGUUUGACUCAAGCAAGGCUAGAGCCAGGGGCACAGACCUGGAACAGUAUCGGCAGUGGAAGAGCUCAGAGAGCCCUCAGAAUGAGCCACUCAGAAAGAACAACUGGAGGCAGAAGCACGAGUCGUUCAUCCAGACUCUACGCCAGGCCCGCCAGGUGCAGCAAGUGCUCUCCAAGGGAGGAAAGGUGUCUGAGCUGCCUCCGCUGCCUCCUGUUGAGAACCCAGACUACAUUGCCUGUCCUUACUGCAGCCGACGAUUUGCACCCAAAGUGGCUGAGAGACAUAUUCCUAAAUGUAAAACUAUCAAGAAUAGGCCCCCACCCCCACCACAAAAGAGGUGCUGCUGAGGCAGUGCCCACCUGUACCUGCUACUGUGAUUCCCUGCCUGCUUUCUGCUAGGUUUCCAGUUGCACCUUGUGCUUUCCCCUACUGGCUGUGAGGGUUGAGCUAGUAUGUACAGCAAGUGAACAGCUCAGGAAAUAGAAGCACACUAUUAAAAUGUGUGUACUUUGACCUGGGCCUGAUAGUUCCUGAGCACAUGUGAGGGGGUUGUGCCAUUUGGGAUGCCCCUCUGAGGGUCCUCUUCCCCAUCUGGUGUUCUCAACAAGAAGACUUAGUGCAGGUGGAAGGGUGUUACCAUACAGUGUCCUAAGCAGGGAAGAAAAGUUGUUGCUACAGGCUGUCAAUAGGAUAGCAGCAAAGAACAAACUAGCCAUCAGAAAGGGGUUGGUCUUCAGAAUCAUAUUUUGCUUUUAGUUUAGAGAGGUUUGGUUUUUCUCCCUACUUAACAAUGAUGGUGUCUGGUGUGAAAUUAACUGUUCUCCCUCUUGCUCAUGAGUUUCUGAAGGCUCAGGGUUUUUUUCUACCACAAAAGUAAAGAGUAUUGCUGUGCUGAGGAGCUGAAAUUUGCAUCUGUGUGUGAGAGGCACAGCUGGGCUGGAGAAUGCAUCUGCCUUUGGUUUAUUCUGUUGCUCUGUGGAUGCUAAUGUUGACACCUGAGCAUGCUAACAGUGACACUGAUUGUGCCUGCAAUAGCAUUUUUAUUAUAACUACCUACAAGAGACUGAGAUGUGAGGGGGUCCCUUUUUUUUUUGCCAUAGGAAGGAUUCUGCAUUCUUAAAAACUAUUUAGCAAUUUAGAUAAGACAUUUGGAGAAGCCAUACGAUGAGGGGGGAGCUAUGUAAGUAGUCAAAUUAGAAAGCAGCACUCAGACUGCUGUGUUUUUUCCCUCAUCAGUAACUCUGCUAGACUGCAGAAUCCAGAGCUGCUUUUCAGUCAUUUUUCAUGUUGGCCUGUUUGUUGUAGCACUGUUAAGUUGAAUAAUGAAGGCUGAUAGGUUUAGUCCAUACUUGUUCUACAUCAGCCCAAGAGUUUUAGAUGCUUUUCUGGAAGCCCAGUGACAAUCCUGAAGCUCAGCGACAUACUACCUUUCAGAAAUUCAGUAUCUUUUGAAGUGGAAGUCUGAUGACAUUGCUUGAAGUAGGAAAGAAGAACUGGGAGGAAUAUUAUUAACUGCUUGCUCAACACAAGAAUCUCAGGAGCAGAAAUUCAGGGGUUGAAAAGCUAGCAGUAGCAGGCACUUACUGUUUUGAGAAUUUUUAUGCCAAUUCAUGCAUGUACAACAGCAGACACUCAGAACUGGCCAGGCCCUUGCAGCAAUGGAACAAUCAUCCCAAAGUGAUUACUUACCACAUACAAUAACUGCGACUCAGAGUCGGGAAAGGGCGGAAGAAGAAAUAUUUCAAGUUAAAGAAUAAUACCAUGCAUGAUCAAAAACAGGUCAUGAAUAAACUUUAACUGUAAAUAAGGUUUCUAACCAGGAGAGGAGGUCAUGGAAAAAAACCUUCCAAAUAGAUUAGCGAGGGCAAGGAAUCUAUGUUGUUUCAAGAUGGGCUUUGAGAAGAUCAGGGAAGGAAGCAUAUUGCCAAAGUUAGAAACUGGUGCGAUACAGAGCAUCAUAAUAUCUCCAGGCUUGUAAUCCUUAUCAACACUUGUUGUAUAAAGCGCAAAUGACAGAUGAGUAGUAGUUCUGUGCUUCACUUUCAGGAGCUGAGAUGGAAUCUCCUUUCCCACUACCACCUACUCUUGAUUCCUAACUUGGCUUCUGACUCUUUUUUUUUUUUUUUUUUAACUUUCAUCUGAAGCUAAGAAUUGCUACAGCUUUAAAAAAAAAAAAAAAAAAAAAGUAACCAGACAGUACACUUAGGAACUUCACAUCUGAAAACUUCUCAGCUGUUUUGCUCAUGUGUUCAGGGUUAAAAUCAAAAAUUAGAUUUAAUAUCAAAAAAAUUGAGUUUUUCCUCUAGGCUAGGUUGGUAAGGACCUCUAAAACACAAGGCUUACAUGCUUCCUUCAGUCACCUGGUUAUUUUCAUCUUUUGUGCUGCAAUGGUAGGGAAUUAUGACAAAAAUAAUGCCCUUUCUCUUGCUUUCUUCCUGAGAUGCAGAGUAGUUCUUGGUGAUUUUGGCCUUAUGCUAGAAGUAUGAGUUUGUCAUGCACUGUUAAAAUAUCUUUUUGGAGGUCAGGGGGUAGAUGUGGAUAGAUACUUUUAGGGAAGCAUCUGUUUGUAGUUGAUGACAGUUGCUGAUGCACAUGUUUCUAGGUCAAUUUAUUUCAAGAUUCUGAUUUUUAAGAUAUUAUUAGACUAGCUCUGUUGUGUAAAAAGCCCUAUUAAAUGGUCACAGUGUUUUUUGUUCUCAGAGUGGGGUUGACUACGAGUAUGAGAAAUCUGCAACAGGAAGCAAACAAGGAACAAAAAAAUUCCAGCAGCUCCUUUUGCAAGCCCUUCAGUAAGGCAGCCCCAGUUCAUGGGAAUCUAGAAGAAGAUAAAAAGGGACUAGAUUGAACUGGCUUAGUUGGAAGCUGGAUAUGAGGAAACACUCCAGCCUGCAAUGGGUGGAACAGAUUCCUGAAAAAAGUUGGAGUGCUUCUGCCUACAGAUAUGUGGGCAGAAGUCCCAAUACCUUGGCACACCCUGGAAAAAUAUGAAGGUCUCAGAAGGGGUCAGUGCUGAACUGGUCUGGCUGAGUAUGUGUAAGAGUGUACAAACCUAGAGAGGAGAGAAAACCAGGCCCAGAACAAUGGAAAAGAAUUUGGUAUAUCCAAAUGGAUCAGAGAAGCAAGAGCAGUACUUUAACUUCAGAGCUUAUUAAUAAACAAUAGCAAGAGGCGACAGGAGAAGAGGAAGGAAAGGGGUAGACUGAAAGCUUUAUGCCAGUCUCCUAUGAAUUAAUGAAAGGUGUAAUUGAAUUAAAUGAAGAAUAGUUAACUACCCCUGCCUGUCAUGUAAUAUGAACUUAUUAACACAUUUUUCCUUGCACUAUAUUUUAUUGACCACAUUUAGUGGAUCUUAAAAGUCAGCAGGGUACAAAUGGUGGCUGUGGUAGAUACACACAUGCAUGCAUGCUUUUGGUACUAGAAAAAAAAAAAUCUAUCUGCUGGGGACGUCUCUUAAGUGACAGAUAGGAAAAAGUGGCUAAUACUGUGAUAGAAGUUGUAGAUUAAAUAGAAUUUGUUGAAAUUA